CAUUUUGUUGAUGUGUUUUGAGCAGGAGUGUUUUGUGUGCAGGUUAGCUCAGAUCAAAAUCUGAAACUUACAUUUUCCACGGAAGCUGUUAUUAUAAAAACUAUUAUUCAAGAUGGCGAUGGCUAUGUUGCAGAGGAGGGCCAAUGUUCGGCUGCCUCCUGAAGUGAACAGAAUCCUCUACGUGAGGAACUUGCCAUAUAAAAUUAGUGCGGAAGAAAUGUACGAUAUUUUUGGGAAAUACGGUGCGAUUCGCCAAAUCAGGGUGGGUAAUACUGCUGAAACGAGAGGAACCGCUUUUGUCGUCUAUGAGGACAUAUUCGACGCAAAAAAUGCAUGCGACCAUUUAAGUGGUUUCAACGUCUGCAACCGAUAUUUGGUAGUUUUAUACUAUCAGAGCAACAAGGCGUUUAAGAGGGUUGAUUUAGAUAAAAAGGAGGAAGACUUAAACAAACUCAAAACUAAAUAUAAUAUUAAUGAUGAGAAAAAAUAAGGCAGUAUAUAUUCCAAGAAAGUAAGUUUUUCAUUCAUCAUCAUUUACGAACGUAAAAAAUCUAUAAUAUAAGACAAGCAAUGUAAAUAAUCGUCAAAUAAUUAAUAAACUUUAUUAU